AUGAGUUCCCCUAGUAGAGACAAUGAGGAACCGUCGUCUAGCACUACGGCAAUGGAGACAGACCCUGUCGCAAGUGGAGAUGCAGCGGUCGCCCGGCCGCCCGCCAAGCGCAGGAUCUCCAGCACAGUUAUUGAGAUUUCGGACACGGAAAGUGAUGAUUCGGACGUUUGUGCCGUGAACUCUUACCAGGCUUCUGCUGAUGAAGUCAAGAGGAUCCGAGGAGAAGACUAUUCUUCAUCCUCAUCGUCAUCAGAAUAUAGUUCUGACUCAGAAACCUCUUGGGAGGAUGACUCAAUAGUAGUAGAUUACAAAAAGCAUGCGAAACCAGUCAAAGCGCAGCUCAACCCUCGGGCCAACAGAAUGGAUAACCCACUGUUCAACCCCAAGAUUAAGUCACAAGAACUACUAGAUAGGCUACAAACGCAUUGGAAAGAACUAAAAGAUUUAGACACUCCUGAGGUGAAACUGACUUGUGAACCAUUCAGAUUGUGUCUGCUGCAUGACUUCCUGGCCAAUCCGGAGAUGAUUAACAACAUUGUGGAUGACAUGAACACAUUGGACUGGUCACGGAAAAAGAUGGAUCUGUAUGAGUUCCAUCAGACUGCCGACCUGGCCAGCCUCACUUGGCAGAGAAGUAUUAGAGGCAUUUAUGAACUGCUGAAGACUGAGGUUAUGAGCUGGGUGGCGGCGGCGACGGGGCUGCGGCUGGAGUCUGUGUCGGCGUCCUGCUCGCUGUACGGGCCCGGGGACCAUCUACUGGUGCACGACGAUCUACUGGCCGACCGACGCGUCGCCUUCAUUCUAUACCUGGCGCCCUGGGCCCCGCCCCGCCCCGUUACAGUCGACCACCGGCCCUUAGAAAAUGGCUCCGGAGACCACGCCGUGGGCGCGGAGUGGCGCGGCUGGGCGGCCGACAUGGGCGGCGCGCUGCAGCUGCUGGCGCGGGACGGCGCGGGCCGGCCGCGCCAAGUGGUGCGCUCCGUCACGCCGCGCAACAACACGCUCGCCUUCUUCAAGGUGGGCGCCGACUCCUUCCACCAGGUGGAGGAGGUGCUGUCGCUUGAGCUGCCGCGGCUAUCCAUCAAUGGCUGGUUCCACGGCCCCGCGCCCGAGCCCGAGCCUGACGCGGAGCCCCAGGACCGCGACGACACUGAUACCACACUCGAGUUACAGCGACCACACAAUGAUAUUGUGGUGCUGAGUCAGUGGAUGACGUCCCAGUACCUGUCCCCGCGCGUGCGCCUGCAGGUCCAGGCUCAGAUGGAGCGACACAGCGAGGUCAGCCUGCACGACCUGCUGCAGCCUGACACUCUGGCCGACCUCAUGCGGGCACUCGACGACCCCGAGCUACCGUGGGAGCUGGCGGGCCCCGCCGACCGGUGCCACUACAUGCGCGUGCCGGGCUCCUGGGCCACCACCGGGGCGCCGGGCGCGGCCUCUUGGGUGCCUGGGGGGGCCUCCGGGGCGCCAGGUGCGGGCCCCGUGCGCGCCGCCCUGGGGCUGUUGGGCAGCGCGGCCUUCGUGCGCAUGCUGGCGGACUGCACGGACCUGGCGCUGACCGGCUGGCGCGGGCUGGAGCUGCAGCGCUGGGCGCCCGGGGACUACGGCCUGCUGCCGCCGCGCGCCGAGUACCGCUCGCCCCGCCUGGAGGCGCGCCUCAUGCUGCUGCCGGCGCGCGCGCCGGGCGGCGCGGGCGGCACGCGCGUGUACGUGGCGCCCGAGGACGAGGACGAGGCCGGCGACGGCGCGCUGGUGUCGGUGGAGCCGGCGCACAACGCGCUGUCGCUGGUGUACUGCGACGCGGGCGCGGCCGCCUUCACCAAGUACCUGACGCGGCUGGCGCCGGCGCCCGAGCCCUUCUAUGUGUUCACGUGCACGUACGUGGAGUGA